AUGAACAUUUCCAAUCCUGUGUCCUCUGAAGUCACAGGAGUCAAUUUCACCUUUCUCUGCAAAGACGACAUCACAAAACUCUCUGUCAAACAGGUCGUCAAUCCUGCGACUUUCGAAACUGUUAUUCCCGGAAACGUUCCUGUGCCGGUAGUGGGCGGCUUGUACGAUCCAGCACUCGGAGCUUCCGAUGCGCUGAGGCAGCGGUGUUUGACAUGUCACCUUGACUACAAGUAUUGUCCCGGCCAUGUCGGGCACAUUUCAUUGCCCGUGCCGGUUUACCAUCCUUUGUUUUUUGAUCAGAUGUUGAAGAUGCUGAGAUCUUCAUGUCUUUACUGCUUUCACUUUCGGAUGGCCAGGGCAGAGGUUAAUCGUUUCGAGUGCAAACUUAAACUCAUUCAAUACGGGCUGUUGGUCGAGGCCGCGGAAUUAGACGAUAUCCAUCCUAAUACGAGGGGAGAGGAAGAGGGCGAGGAAGGUGAGUUUUCUGGAAGCACUGAAAUGGAAGCUUUUUAUGCAAAGCGGGAAAAGUUUGUGGCGAGGGCCAUUCGAAGGCAUUUGCGCUCUGGUGGCUUGGAUGAGGGGAAGGUCAUGUCAGUUGCGGAGGAACGGAGGAAAGUUGUCAAGGAGUUUCUCAGCACUAUCCAGUUUCCAAGAAAGUGUAAUAGGUGUCAGGCAAUUUCACCAGGAUUCCGAAAAGAUGGGUACUCAAAAAUUUUCGAGGUACCGCUUACCCCCAAAGCACAAAGCCAGAAUGUCCAAUACGGCUUCCAAAGACCCAAUGCAGCUAUGAUGCAGAAGAAGCCUAACCGCUUGCCGGAAACAAAGAAUCAUGAUCUCAAUCGGAAGGGUGCUGCUGGCCGUCUUCUACAUAGCAUGGAGGUUCUGAACAACCUUUCGCGACUUUUCGAGAAGGAGAGGGAAAUUCUCCAACUACUAUACCAACCAAGAGAAGCUAUUUCGAAGACCCCAAAACCUCUAACACCUGAGAUGUUCUUUAUCCACGCUAUCGCUGUUCCACCAACCAAGUUCAGACCCCCUCAGGCUGCCGGAGGUGAGAUUUCCGAGUCAGCAACAAACAAGCAGUUAGUAAAGAUUCUACAAGGAUGCCUAGCCAUCCGUGAUUACAAUGACAAAUUCAACAACCCGGAAAUAGAGGCUGGGGCGAAAACCGUCAUCAUCAGCAAGCUGAUGCAAGCCUUUGUAACCCUCCAAGACGACGUGAACUCGUUCUUAGACUCAUCGAAAAGCCCGCUUACUGGCGCGGCCGCAAGAACAUUAGAGGAAGGUAUCAAGCAGAAACUUGAGAAGAAGGAGGGCCUAUUCCGAAUGAACAUGAUGGGGAAGCGUGUGAAUUUUGCCGCCCGAUCAGUUAUCUCUCCUGAUCCGAAUAUUGAGACAAGAGAGAUUGGCGUACCACCGGUAUUUGCAAGCAAGCUUACGUACCCCGAACCAGUGACAGAAAUCAAUCAUCAAUGGUUAAUGCGACUAAGAAUCCACCUCUCUAAAACACUCUUGACUCCAGACGCGCUUUCUUUGAGUGACUCAAAGUCCAAGAGAGUUCAUAGACAUUUGCUCAAUGGAGAUGUUGUGUUGAUGAACCGAACGUACGAUCCGUAUGCACUACGCCAACUGUAA